CGAGAAACUUCCGGAAACAGCCUGGCGGAAGUGACGGCGCUCGUGACGCGACUUCCUGUUUGCGGCUGAGGGGAACCGCCGCCGUUGCCGUUGUCCUGGGCUGCCGGCGGGGAGGUUGCGGCAGCGCUGCGCAGGCACCGCAGCGGGAUUUGAAAGUCCCACCUGUUGUUACCAAGACAACUGCUGAAACAUGGUGGAUUACUAUGAAGUUCUGGGAGUGCAGAAGCAUGCCUCAGCAGAAGAUAUUAAAAAAGCGUACCGUAAAUUGGCAUUAAAAUGGCACCCUGAUAAGAAUCCAGAAAAUAAAGAAGAAGCAGAGCAGCAAUUUAAACAAGUAGCCGAGGCCUAUGAAGUUCUGUCAGAUGCUAAAAAACGUGACAUCUAUGACAGAUAUGGAAAAGAAGGCUUAAUAAAUGGAGGUGGAGGUGGAAUUCGUCAUGAUAGUCCGUUUGAAUUUGGAUUUACAUUCCGAAACCCAGAGGACGUCUUUAGGGAGUUUUUUGGUGGAAGGGACCCUUUUUCAUUUGACUUCUUCGAAGAUCCUUUUGAGGACUUCUUCGGGAGCAGACGGGGUCCAAGGGGAAACAGAAGCAGAGCUGGUGGAUCAUUUUUAUCUGCUUUUGGUGGAUUCCCUGGUUUUGGAAGUGCUUUUACUUCAUUUGACACAGGUUUUACUUCAUUUGGUUCACUGGGACAUGGAGGCCUUACUUCGUUCUCCUCUACGUCAUUUGGUGGCAGCGGGAUGGGAAACUUCAAAUCAGUAUCAACCUCAACUAAAAUAGUUAAUGGCAGAAAAAUUACUACAAAGAGAACUGUUGAGAAUGGACAAGAGAGAGUAGAAGUUGAAGAAGAUGGCCAGUUAAGGUCGCUAACAAUAAAUGGUGAGGCAAAUGAAGAAGCCUUUGCCGAGGAGUGCCGACGGAGAGGACAGCACGCCCUGCCCUUCCAGCCCACCAACACGCGCCUGCUGAAGCCACACAAGCCUGCCAGUUCCCCCAGAUAUGCCUAUCAUUAUAAUAGCGAUGAGGUGGAAGAGCAAGAAAAAAGCCGGGUUGCAAGCAGCUUGGAGACCCCCUUUUAUUUAUCAGGAUACAAAGAAGGCAGCAAGAGGAGGAAGCAGAAGCAGAGAGAGGAACAGAAGAAGAAGAAGUCAACCAAAGGGAGUUACUAAAAUGGACAUCUCUGCUAUACCAAUCCCUUUAUUAAAACGGCAACUUGCGUUACAUUUGAGCACA